CAACAAACGAAAAAUAAAUAACCUCAAUCUUGGUUAUUUUUUACGCUAAAAUUUUUAAAUUUAUUACGAUGUCACUGUAAAUUAUGAUACUAUUAAUAAAAUAUUAAAAAUGUUGUCAAUAAAAAAGCUACCUACACUGUGUGCAUCAAAAAUACAAUCAAAGUUACAUUUUGAUAAAUAUCGCUCGGUAACUGAGAAGCAAAUAAACAAAUAUUGCAGCUAUGAUUUUUUAGGUUUCUGUAGAUCAUUUUCUGUAUUGCAUAAUGUGACAAAAAAAUCAAAACACCCAUUGUUACGACAUUUCAAUACUGAAUACAAAGCUGCAUACUCAUUGUUAACGAGAUCAAAUCUACCAGCUCUUAAAACAUUAUUAUCCCAAAAUGUUUAUACUCGAAGCUUACACACAACAUCGCCGUAUUUUAAUCAACAGACAGAUGAUAAGGGUGAUAAAGAUAAAAAGGACAAGAAAAAAGAAGAUGCAGGAGACAUGGCCUCGCUUCUGCUCAAAGCUGCUUUUUGGAUGUUAACAACUAGUAUAUUGGUUAUAGCCAGUUCUAUAUUGGUACCAGGAGACAACACGCAAAAUGAACUUAUAAGAUACGUGUCAUGGAACGAGUUUGUGUAUUCAAUGUUGUCAAAAGGUGAAGUUGAGGAAUUGAUUGUUAGACCAGAUAUGGAAGUGGUAACCAUCAUACUUCACGAAGGUGCAGUUAUCAAAGGCAAAAGGUCAACACAUAGAGUAUACCAUAUGAAUAUUGGAGAUAUACAUCGCUUUGAAGAGAAACUUCGUGAUGUGGAGAAGUCAUUAGGUGUUAAAGAAGGUGUCCGUGUAAUAUACGACAGAAAUGGCAGUGUGGCAGGUAAAGUCAUAACGACACUUCUCAUCGGAGCCCUCAUACUGUCAUUCUUGUACUCUACUAAAUCAAUGAAAAUGAACAUAAACCUAGGAGGUUUCAGUCAACUGAGUCGGGCAAAAUUCACCCUAGUAGACUCGAUGAGUGGCCAAGGCAAAGGAGUUAAAUUUGAAGAUGUGGCUGGACUACGGGAGGCCAAGAUCGAGGUGAUGGAAUUUGUGGAUUAUCUGAAGAGGCCUGAACACUACAAGAGCUUGGGGGCGAAGGUACCGAAAGGAGCUCUAUUAUUGGGGCCGCCUGGUUGCGGCAAAACAUUGUUAGCGAAGGCAGUGGCCACGGAAGCGAACGUGCCAUUCCUAUCAAUGAACGGGUCCGAGUUCAUCGAGAUGAUAGGAGGUCUAGGAGCGGCUAGAGUACGGGACCUUUUCAAAGAGGCCGCGUCUCGUGCGCCCUGCAUCAUAUACAUAGACGAAAUGGACGCGGUGGGGCGGGCCAGGUCCUCAGGGGCCUCGUCCUGGGGCCCCGGAGGGGGGGAGGGGGAACAGACCCUCAACCAACUGCUGGUGGAGAUGGACGGCAUGAAGACCAAGGAGGGGGUCGUCGUACUGGCCUCCACUAACAGAGCCGAUGUGCUUGACAAGGCUCUGCUACGGCCCGGCAGAUUCGACAGACACAUUCUGAUCGACUUGCCGACCCUGCAAGAGAGAGAGGAGAUAUUUCAGCGCCAUCUCAAAAGUAUCGUGCUCGAAGAAUUGCCACCGCACUACGUGAAAAGGCUGGCGUACUUAACGCCCGGGUUUAGCGGCGCAGACAUAGCAAACGUAUGCAACGAGGCAGCUUUGCAUGCCGCUCGUUAUAAGCAGAGCCUAGUGAGAGCAGGAGACCUGGAGUACGCCAUCGAACGGGUGGUAGGUGGCACAGAGAAGCGAAGCCAUGCUAUGUCUCCGGCAGAAAAGAAGAUAGUGGCAUAUCAUGAAUCAGGGCAUGCGCUCAUCGGAUGGCUGUUAGAACAUACGGACGCGUUACUGAAAGUCACUAUAGUGCCACGAACUAAUAUGGCGCUGGGUUUUGCACAAUACACUACGUCUGACCAGAAACUGUAUUCUAAGGAAGAGUUGUUCGACCGCAUCUGUAUGGCGCUUGGAGGGCGCGCUGCUGAAGCCAUAGUGUUCAACUCCAUCACUAGCGGAGCACAGAAUGACCUGGAGAAAGUCACCAAGAUCGCCUACGCGCAGGUUCGCGUAUACGGCAUGUCUAGUAAAGUGGGUCUCCUUUCGUUCCCUGAUCUAAAGGAGCGCGGAAAAUCUCCGUUCAGCAGGACCUUGAAGAAUCUGAUCGAUUUGGAGGCAAGGAAGAUCAUCGCUGACGCCUACUAUAGGACCGAAGACAUAUUGAGGACCAACAGGGACAAACUAAAUGCUCUAUCCGAAGAACUUUUGAAGAAGGAGACGCUCAACUAUCAACAAGUGGAAGCCAUAUUGGGCCCCCCACCAUUCCCCCGGAAGAAGUUAAUAGACCCCAUUGAGUUCGAAAAUAGUCUCAGGAACUUAGAGAAAGCGGCCACAGAACAAGAGCCGAGCGAAAUUGGCGCUGCCUCGGCGAAACCUCAGGCGCAACAAAACUAGUAGACGAUAGAUGGCAGCACAUUACAGCGUGACGCUUUGCUAAGCGAAUUUGUUCUCUACAGACGGUUUGCAUAAAGGUGAGUUAGUUUCGCAACUGCUAAAUGCUCAGUACCCCUAGCACGAACGAGAACCAGUACCGAAUUCGAAUAGCUUGCGAGUACGAAGUGUCGUUGUCAAAUUUUGUAUGGAAAUUUGAACAGCAACGCCUUAACGGACGUUAAGAGAACUAAAAAUCAGUACACAUUUGACAAUGACAUUUCGGACUCGCAAACGUUACGAAUUCGAUUGUGGUUGUCAAAGUGUCAUUGUCAAAUUUUGUAUGGAAAUUUGAACAGCAACGUCUUAACGGACGUUAAGAGAACUAAAAAUCAGUACACAUUUGACAAUGACAUUUCGGACUCGCAAACGUUACGAAUUCGAUUGUGGUUGUCAAAGUGUCAUUGUCAAAUUUUGUAUGGAAAUUUGAUCAGCAACGUCUUAACGGACGUUAAGAGAACUAAAAAUCAGUACACAUUUGACAAUGACAUUUCGGACUCGCAAACGUUACGAAUUCGAUUGUGGUUGUCAAAGUGUCAUUGUCAAAUUUUGUAUGGAAAUUUGAACAGCAACGCCUUAACGGACGUAACGAGAACUAAAAUGCUGUUUAUGUUGGACGAUGACAUCUCGCACUCGCAAACUAUUCGAAUUCGAUAUUGGUUCGUGCUAGGGUACGGAUUACAGAACAAAAGGCAGUUGAAACCAUGAAAGUCAAAAUUAAAGAACUAUUUUGCCUUUGCGAACAGUUUUUACAAUGUUCGAACAAGAUGGCACUGUUUUUAUUUUUUAGUUUAAAAACUUUAUGUUCACGGGGCGUGUUAACAACACAAUGCGUUGUAUUGUACUGGUGGG